AGCUGAACAUAUUCAAACUCUACGUUUUACACACAAUGGCCACUGGAGGAGCAUCGCUAUACAAAGGAUCUGAUCUUAUUCAUGACUACGGAUGUUCCAAGUGUGAAGAACAUGACCGUAACACUGAAGCGCAGCACUUCUGUCAAGAGUGUGAACACUAUCUGUGUGACAAUUGUGUGAAGCUUCAUAAUGGAUAUCAUAAAAAACAUACCGUGUACGGACGUGGUGACAUUCAGAAGUGGGCAGGGUUCGCUCUUGACAAAUGUGACCAACAUGGCAACAAGCUGGAGGUCCACUGUGAUGACCACCAGGAAUUGUGCUGCCACGUUUGUGUAGCACUCAACCACAGGCAGUGUAGCAGCAUCAGUCACCUGCCUGACCUGUCCAGGGACUUCCUAAAAACAGCAGAGUUCAAGCAGCUUCCAGUAGCAGUUGACAAGAUGAGGAGCAGGCUGGGUGAGCUCACGAAUGCUAGAUUGAAAUAUCAAGCCUCACUGACGGACAUGUACAAGGACAUUUUGGCUGAAAUCAAGGCUCUCCGUAAAAAGAUGAACAACAUUUUGGAUCAUCUUGAGAAAAAGACAGUUAAAGAGUUGGAUAGCAUGAUCAAGGGUUUAGAGACAAAUAUAAAAGUAGAUAUAGACGCUUGUACCCAUAUGCAUGACCAGUUAAAGACCAUGAUAAAAAAAGUCCAGCAGAUGACAGGCAAACAUAAGGAGACAAAUUCUUACAUUGGCUACAGAAGAUGUCAGGACAAGCUGGACAAAGCAGAGGAACAGAUGCAAACAAUGCAGAGAAAGCCUGAACCAAGAAUAAGUUUUAAACCUGACAGCAGUUUACAACCAUUUCUCAAUAACUUACAUGUGUUUGGGUCCAUUGAAAAAUUUGAAAUAUUACAUGUAUACAAGGCUCUGGACUUUAAGACAUAUUAUGUCAAAGAAAACGAUAACUUUAGAUUCUCUAUCGUGGGUAUAUGUGAGUUGCCCAGCGGGGAUCUUGUGAUUGCCAACAAAAAAAACAGCAAAGUGAUUUUUUUGAAUAGACAGUACGACGUCACUGCUAGUUGUGAUCUCCCCUUUCCUCCAGAAGAUUUGUGUCUCAUAUCUGGAAAUGAAGUAGCUAUAUCCGUUAAUGAUUCUAUACGGCAUGAAGUCCACUUCAUCAAUGUGACCAGAGGAAAGCUACAGAAAGUGACACAUUCUACAACGGUCCACUGGUGCUUCUCCGUUGCCUACCACCAGGGCCGGCUGUUUGUGAGUUCAGGGAAUACCCUUUACCAGUACAACAUGGAUGGCAAUAUAAUCACAAAGAUUUAUGAAGACAAAUCCAUUGGCUUGACCGUAAAUAGGUGUGUUCUUAGUCCCGAUGGGGAGAGAAUUUAUGUUACAAAUUACUUGCGACAUAAAUUGAUCACUCUUGAUAAAACUGGAAAAGUGUUAUGUUCAUUGGAAGAUACUGAAUUAGAAAAUCCAAGUGGAUUAUGUAUCAGUCCCCGUGGUCAUGUGUUUGUGUGGGGGAUGAAGUCGGACACUGUGAUACAGGUGGAUAGGGAGGGCACACAGAAGAUGGCCACAUUGGUCAGGAAGGCCGAUGGCUUGUCGAAACCUCAGUCACUGUGCUUCAGUGAGCAAACCUCAAGUCUCCUUGUUGGAAAUACUCGUAUUAUAAGUGUGUGUAUCCAACUAACAAGUGGUGUCCGAAAGUGUUGAAAAUUUAUGUGACAUUGAUUCUUAUUGUAUAACUAUUUUUAAAAGUUUCCCUCUUUGGAUUAAACAGCAAUCGAUAGGAUGUUUAUAGUUGAUUUUGUUGCUGAUUAUGUCAAACAAGUUUAUGUUGUCUAUGACAAAGUACGAUACAAUACUUACAAUAUUUGUUUAAAAAUGUAUGAUGAAAUGGUAUGCUUUAUUAUUAUAUGAUCAAUACAUAAAUAAAUAUC